CUCUUUUUUUUUUUCUGUAAAAGAGAGAUCUCUAUUUUUGGUUUCUUCCAAAAGCCCUUCAGUUCAAUCUUCACCUCCCAAAUGAGCUACUCAAGCCCCUAAUCCAAUAAUUAUAAUCUUCUUCCCCAAUCUAGAUUUGCGUCUCCGCCAAUGUCAACGCAAACCACCGCCUCUACAACCGCCUCCUCGGCGGAGAGUGAAUCCCACGCUCCGCUCCUCCUCCCCAGCCAAGAAGCCCCCUCCUCCCCUCCCGUCCGCCCAACUUCCCUCGCGCUUCUUCUCGGCCGGGCCACUGGCCGCCGCGGACCUUCCAUGUUAGUCAGAGAGAGAGCGGCUCGUGAGCUGGAAGAGCGACGCGCCGAUUGGGGGUAUUCGAAGCCUGUGGUGGCCCUGGACUUGUUGUGGAACACGGCGUUUGUUGUGGUUUCGAUAGUGAUGUUGAUUCUGACGGUGAACGAGAGGCCGAACACCCCGGUUAGGCUUUGGAUCUGUGGGUACACGCUGCAGUGCUUGGUGCAUAUGGUUUUGGUGUGCUUGGAGUAUAGGAGAAGGAAUACGAGGAGAGUGAGAGUUGAAGAGAAUCAGCCAGAAAACGAAGGAGGGAAUGUUGAUAGUGAAGAUGAGGAUACGAGUGAUAGGGGUUCCCAGAGUUCUAGCCGAUCAAGUGUGGCUAAACGAUGUGAAUCAGUGAACACAAUGGCUUCAUUUAUAUGGUGGAUAGUUGGCUUUUAUUGGGUAGUUUCUGGUGGCGACGUCCUUUCGCAAGAUGCUCCACGCUUGUACUGGCUGGCUGUGGUUUUUCUGGCAUUUGAUGUGUUCUUUGCGAUCUUUUGUGUUGUUUUGGCAUGUUUGAUUGGGAUUGCUCUCUGUUGCUGCCUACCAUGCAUCAUAGCAAUUCUUUAUGCUGUUGCGGGGCAGGAAGGUGCAUCUGAAGCCGAUCUUAGUAUCCUCCCAAAAUACAGAUUUCAGGUGAUAGGCAAUGAGGAAAAGCCCAAUGUUGGGGCAGGGAAAAUGGUUCCUGUUGAAACAAGCAGUGGAUACUUAGCAAAUGAACGCAUACUCUAUCCUGAGGAUGCUGAAUGCUGUAUAUGUCUCUGCCCAUAUGAUGAUGGAGCGGAGCUCCAUACACUCCCUUGCAACCAUCAUUUUCAUUCAACAUGUAUUGUUAAAUGGCUCAAGAUGAAUGCUACUUGUCCUCUCUGCAAGUACAACAUUGUCAAAGGAAAUGAACAAGUAUGAUGAAAGGGAUAGGGAAACCCACAAACAGCUGGGUUCAUCCACCUGCUCUCUGUUUAUCUUUCCGUGCAGAAUAGAUCAGGGCAAAAGGAAAGAAACUUCUCCAAAUUCUUGGCAAAAUUACAGUAUAUGGAGCUGAAUUUGUCAAUAGAGCUGCCUUUGUCUUUUCCGGCCUUUUGGAGUUGUCUCAAUUUGUAUUCAGUUGUUUCAGAAUUUGCUGAAAAGAAAAAAUCACAUUUUGCAGGCUUUCUGCUUUUGCUUGCUGAACUGUUUUGUAGUUAUACAUUUGUUCCUAUAUCGCCUGCCUGCAAAGCAUAUACCCCCCAGCUAAUUGGCGGUUUUUUUUUU